GAACGAAAACACUGUAGCAAACACCAGCAGCAGCAGCAGUAGCAUUCAAUCGUGAUAUAUACAUCAAAUAAAACUGUUUUUCUUUCGUUGAUUUUUUCCACACAACACUAUUUGUAUAAAAUUAAAUUUUUGUUGUUUUACAUCGUUCAUAACAUGACGACGAUUGACUUGUGUUUUCAACACACGAAUUAAUAAUCACUUUUUGUUUCGAUUCUAAAAAUGAAACGAUACCAAUGGAUAUAGAAGAUACAUUAAUUGUAUAGAAAACAAAUUGUGUUCAAAAAUCUUAUAGCAAAAUGAAUAGCACACAUUUUCAUUGAAAUUAGUUAUUAUUAUUUUCCAAUUGCAUUCUCUUUCGUUCGGUUUGGUGAUAUAAAAAGCGACCACACAAGAGACGGGGCAUUCGACAUACAGCAAAGAAAAUUAAUAAGCACGGUCUAAUAAAAUGAGAAAAAUCACACAUCAGCAAUAUCAUUUUAAUAUCGAUUUGUAUAAUGUAGCCAAUUGUUUUGUGGGUGCUAACAUAACAAAUUAUAACAAAAAUUGAAAGUGAUUGGUUUGAUUUAUUAAUUUACACCAAAAAAAAAAUGAUUUAUCUAUCAAUAAAUUCGAAAGAUAAAAAAUAGUAACAGCAUCAACAUCAUCAUCAACGACAACGACGACGACAAGAAUAAACAGCAACAACAAAAAUUCUCAGUCUGCAAUUCAAGUGGGAAAAAAGCCUGAAGUGUACAAUUAAGUUUAGAUAAAUGAAUCUAGUGUAAGGAUCAAAUUGUUUCUUUCACAUUUUGUUUCAUUUUAUUUUUCGUCCUUCAUUUGAUUUGGUGUUUAACAUAAGCUUGCUACAGCUGCUGUGUGACCACGCGUACUAUAGUGAAAGCGAACACUGUAUGCAACGCAGCGCGCGUGCAAAUCUUUCUCUCUUUCUCUGUCUAUGUGUGACUGUGUGUAUGUGCGGUGCAUACAUUUGGUCAAAGUUAUAAAUCAAUUAUUAUCUGUAGCCCCCGUGCGCGCGCGCGCUCCACAUAUAUAAAUACUAAUAUCCAUCGUGCAUCCGGUAGUAAUAUUAGAAAUAAUGGCUGUUGAAAUUUUGGACGAAGAUCAUUUGGCCAUCAGCGGUAUUGUUACAGUUGUAAUGCAAAUCAUCUUUUUUAUAAUUGCCGCUGCAUUUCAAUUGGAUAAAUUAACGGAUUUUGCUGGUGGUGCAAAUUUCAUAAUAAUUGCACUAUUAACAUUCUUUCUCGGCCAAAUAAAUCGACCGACCAAGUCAUUCGAUAGUAGGCAGUUAUAUGUGACUUGUUUGGUAUGUUUGUGGGGUGCACGUUUAUCGGGCUAUCUAUUAUACCGUGUAUUCAAAAUUGGACGCGAUAAAGAGUUCGAGGAUAAAAAACGGAACAUUAUUCGCUUUGCCGUAUUUUGGACCUUUCAGGCGUUGUGGGUAUUCGUUGUUUCACUUCCUGUUAUUCUAAUUAACUCACCCCGUCACGCACAAUACAACAAAGCACCGCGUACUAUGACCACCAUUGAUUCAAUUGGCACAAGUAUGUUUGUUAUUGGCCUUCUGACUGAAACAUAUGCGGAUUUGCAGAAAUUUUCAUUUCGCCAAGAUCCAAUAAAUCAAGGCAAAUUUUGUAAUGACGGUCUAUGGAGUAUGUCGCGGCAUCCAAACUAUUUUGGUGAAAUACUCAUUUGGUGGGGUGUUUUUGUAUGUUCGAUCAAUGUCAUUCGUGGAAUUGAAUGGAUGUGCAUAGUGUCACCAUUAUUUACAACAUUAAUUAUAUUAUUUUUAUCCGGCAUUCCAUUGCGUGAAAAAUCAUCCGAUGAAAAGUACAGACAUAAUCCAGAAUAUCGUAAAUAUAAAGAAUCAACAUCGCCGUUGAUACCAAUCCCACCGUCAGUUUAUGUUGAAGUUCCAUCCGCGCUAAAGUUUAUCUUAUGCUGUGAAUUUCCGUGGUACAAUUCGUUGGAUAUAAAACGUAGCGAGCACAGUUCGUAUGGCGUAUCAAUGGCACAUUCGCAUUCACACAUUCAUACGCAUACAUAGCAGUCGGGUUCACGUGCAACACCCACAAGCACAACAGCAAUAAGUGCUCAACCGACAACAAAUACAUACCGGGCCUACAAUGGACACGAUCAGGUAAUUGUUGAGCAUCGUGAAUCGACUGGACGCGGAGUUAUUACGACUAUUGUAUAAGAUUAAUAGAGAAAAAAUACAUACACACACACAUACAAAAGUAAACAAACACACUGCAUAAAUUGUAUUUUCAAAGACAAUUGAAGCUAUUAAUAAAACACACAUUUUUUUAGCUUGAUACAUUCAACAAAGUAUCUAUAAAAGGGAAUUCACCAUCCAUGCACACAAAAUAAAAAAAAAGAGAAGAAAAAUAAGAAAACCAUUCAAUGAAUUUACCAUAAUUAAUCUAGCCUACCAACGGAACCUUAUUUACAUUUACACAGUACUUAAAAACGAAAUGAAAAAUUAAAAACAAAACAAAAAAAAUGGUUCAAAGUGAUGUCUAAUACCAACAUUAACAAAAAUAAAGAUUUAUCUAUUUUUAUUAAAUAAAAAUCCUAAAAACACAUCGAAAAUCAAUUGACUGUAAAAGCUUCAAUCCGCUGUUGAAAUAACAUUCCUUAGCGCAAAUCAACAACUUUGAAUGGAUACAGUCGAUAGAUUUUUGUUCAGUGAAUGACAGCCACAUAAUAAAUAUUUAAUUAACUCAAGCUAAAAAAAAGUGAUCUGACCCACAUUCUGAUUAAUAACAUCACAAUUUAAAUUUAAAAAAAAACUCCAAUAAAUUAACAAUGAACAUUUCCAAUCCAAGGUUAACAGAACAUUUUAAACAAAAAACAAAUCAGUAUUCGAUUUUUCAGGAUUAUAUCAAUCUUUAAACUUUAAACCGAAGAAAAUUUCUAUAUUUAAGUUCUAAAAUGUAGAAUUAAAAUUUAAAAAAAAUAUCAACAUUUUAUGAAACCAUCCCAAUUGCUCAUAUCAAUGAAACAUAUUGAUGUAUUUAGUACAAUACUUUUUUUUCUCGUCUGCAUCAUACACUCGCAUACAUACACAUACACACACAUACCAAACGAAGAAAAAAAUCCACUGCAAAAAUAGUGAUUAAGAAACCAAUUAAUUAUUUACAAAAUUAUAGAAGAAGUUAUAUGUAUAUUAAACAACUGAACUGUUUUAAUUGUUAGGCUAUUCCUGUUUAUCAGAAUAACAACAAAAAGAUGAAUAUUUCUUAUUAUUAUUAUUAUUAUAUUAUUAUUCUUAUUAUUGAAGAUGAAGUAGGAUUCUAAAGCUAAUAAUCAAAUUUUCUUCGAUAUUUACAAAAAAAAAAAAAAAAAUAUUAAAAGAUAGCGCAAAAAUUAUUUUCAAAUGAUUGAAAUUCACAUUUAUAUUUAAAAAACAAAAAACAAAAACAUGAGAAAAAAAGAUAAAAAUGAAGAAUUGGCGGAAAGGAACAUCGAUUAGAGGAAGUGUGUGAGAUAGAGAAAGAAGGAAGUCCAAAACCGGACAUCGGAAAAUAUGCGCCGUUUAUGUGCCAAUGAUUGAAUGUCUUUCAAUAAAUCUGUCUAAGUAGCUGGUAUUAACAUAUUACAACCAAAGAUAUUAAGAUAUAUUUAUUAUUUAUGACACAUAGAAUUUAACAUCUAGUAGAAGAUAAUGUAUAAAAAAAUAACAACAAAUUACCAUUUAAUGAACAUAAGAAUUGAUUCAUGUUUAGAUGAUUUAAUAAAAAAUUGAAAAAUAUUCUCAUAAAUUAGGAAACAAAUAAAUCAACGACAACCAA